UGAUCAGAGAAAGUAGGUGAGUCUACUGAACGAGUUGGAAAAUCUGACGAGUGAAAUCAGUAGCCAUUUCCACCAUGAAAGCUGCUUCCUACUCUAACGCUCUCACUUUCCCUUCGAUAAUAACGAGGAAGACGCCAAAACAACAAUCUCCAACUCGUUUCAGAAGAACCCAUUUUCUCAAACUUGGUCAAAGCUUCUCAAACAAUCCUUUUCCCAGACCUCAGGCGAAUCCCUUUGCAUCUUCGUUUCUCCCCGCUUCUUCUUCUUUCAACGCGUUCACCGAAUCUACCGCCAACGGCACGUAUUUGGGUUGGAACAAAGCUCCGGAGAUCAUGAUCGACGGCGGUGGAGAAGCCGAGGCUUUGGGGAAUACAGACAAAGUGACCACCGUGGUUCUUUUGGGGUGGCUUGGGGCUACCAACAAGCAUUUGAAUAAAUUCGUUGAAUGGUAUAAUUCAAGAGGAAUACAUGCUGUUACUUUUCUUGUUGAACUCAAGGAUUUGCUGUGCUUGGAUCCGGUUUCGAUGCUUGACAGGCGUAUAGCUGAAUUGGCCAAUGGGUUGGCCACUUGGGGUUCGGAGAAAGAAGAAGAUGGCCGUGAAAGGUGCUUCAUUUUCCAUACUUUUAGCAACACUGGCUGGCUUGUAUAUGGUUCAGUGAUCGAGCGUUUUCAGAGAAGAGAAGGGUUGAAAGAGAUGAUAAAAGGAGUGAUUUUUGAUUCAGGAUCAGCUGACCCUUUAAAUCCCAAGGUGUGGGCAGCUGGUUUUGCUGUUGCAAUACUGAAGAAACUCAACAACUCAAAAAACGGAUCUGAAAAUGGAGUGACUGAUUCGAAACCGCAGAAAGCGGAACCGGAGAUGGUUGAAGCUGUAGUGCUAGCUUCCUUGGAAAAGUUUUUUAAAUCCCUUCUAAAUAUGCCGGAAGUAGAGAGGAAGUUUAGAGCGGUCGUGAAUGCGGCCUUGGAGCACCAUCCGCACUGCCCGCAACUAUAUCUUUAUAGCACAGCCGAUAAGGUUGUUCCGUAUAAAUCGGUCGAGUUCUGCAUUGACAAGAUGAGCAACAAAGGGAUAAAGGUAUUCUCCUUGAACUUCGGAACGUCUCCUCAUGUCGAUCACUACCGGAAUUUCCCCAACUUAUAUUCAUCAGAGCUUCAUAGCUUCCUGAAAGAAUGUUUUCCUUCUUCUAAACAAAAAUGAACCCUUUCGGAGUGCUUCAAUCCACUUGUUGUAGUCCCAUGUUUCAUCCGAAAUAAGCUUGUUGUAGUCCCAUGUGUCGUGUCGGCGAUCUAUCGAGUCGAUGUGUUACUAGACACCGUGAAGACUAUGAAUAUCAAGCUUGUAUGGUUAUGUGAUGAUAUCUGAAAUCUGAUUAUGAAUAUCAAGCUUUCAUGGUUAUA